UGGCUGGGGUGUCCAUGUCCAUGUCGACGUCGAAGUGUAAUGUGUGUCACGGGGGGUUGGUCUAUGCGUUUCGUCUCGUCUUGUCUCAUUCCGUGUCGUGUUGUUUCUUUUCUUUUUCGUGAGUUCUUCAUUUCAGCAUCACAACACAACACAACAAGAUCUCGCAAAGUGCGACAACAACCUCAUAAGAAGAAAAAUAACAUAUUGAUUUCUGUAAAUCUGGGGUCGCUGUGUUUAAAUCCAGCAAAAGGGAAAAGUGUCAUCGAGGAUAUCAUAAUAAAAACACACAUCUACAAACACACACGCAAGCCAUCUUCUAUAUCCGUGGAUUGUGUAAGUGCGUGUGCGUGUGCGCUGCAAGCCCCAAAAAAAAAACUCCAAUACGCGCCCGCUCCCCGGUGUAGAUUUGGGUACCAGAUCAAUAGUGCACCAAAUAUUGCCAAAAAAGAAAACAAAAAGACAAAAACAAAACAAACCCCCAUGGGAAUCCGCUCUCUUUCACAUCUUUGGUUGGGAUCCCAAAUAUUUCGUAAAACUCGUCUGACGAAGAGAGCAUCGUCCGGACGCAAAAGUAACCGAAAUCGAGUCCUCUUCAUCUUUAUAUCAUUAUUGGGAGCGACACACGGCGUAAUGGAGCGCCUGCCUCCUCCAUCUUGCCGCAAGCAAUGGUACCGAAGUGGGUAUGCCAAGAAACAGAGAGCCGGUCCGUGUCUAAUCUUUGUUGUAACGCGCAUCGCGAAAAUAGUGGUAUCAGAGUCGAUCGAGAGGAGCCGGAGCAAAAUGGGUUGUGAGAAUCCCGAGUAAAUCACCGAUAGGUGUGCUGGACUCCAAACGCCGAAGGUCACCUCAUGAUCCCGGGACUUCCUUGUCUCAAGACCAGUCGACCUUCCCUAGUCGGUAGGGC